AUGGACUCUCAAGACGACAAAGCAGAGGCAUCGCCAUCUACGACACCUAACCCUAAACAAGAUGAAGCCAGCAUUUCCAAAAUCCAGACUCUCCUCCAAGCACAAGACGACACCCAGCGAUUUGUUGGAUUGGCUCUUCUCAAAUCCGUCCUAGACAACUCUCCCAGCCUCCAACAAAACGAUGAAGUUCUGCAAAGAUUAUGGGACAGUCUCCCGGCCAAAUUCCUAGACAGGUUGCUACGCACUGGAUCAAAUCCGUCGAAACGGGACUCCAAAGAGAUGCUCGACUUGGCUGUGUCUGUUCUGCACACCUUUGUUGCUCUCUUGCCUGCUGAGGCGACGUCUCAGCCCAAGUUUACAGAUAGGAUUCCCAGACUCGUCGGUGCCGUGUUAUAUGGGUCUGAAGAAACGGUCAAGAUGCUUUUACAGCUGCUUCAUGCCCUCGUGAGCUCUCAGGAGGGUGCUAUGGCACUUGUGAAAGUGGAAGACUUGAGCUCCAUUACGGAGAUUGCGCCAUCGCACGCCGUUGCAAUGGAUAUCCUGCGACAUGCUUGGCUAAACGCCAUGGUGGUCGUAGACGACACAUCAUACUUGGCUGAUCGUAUAGAUCGCAAUGUACAGGCUCUGGUAUCGUCAUUCCGAGGCACCGACGCCGUGACAUUUCUUGAGUUUCUAGGGCUGCUGCUACGGCAAGCAAGCUCAGAAAUCAUUCCACCAAAUCCGAAAUGGCUAAACUCCGUCAUCAGCUUCAUUCGAAAUCUCGUAACCAGUCGGCCAAACUCAGCAGCGCGGUCAGCAUACACAAACGCCGCCGCAUCUCUCCUCCGGAUGUAUCCUAAAGAAGCCUCGGAGUUGAUAUUCAAGGCGGAAAAAAGCGAUGAGAAGCCAUUCUCCUAUCUAUUCGUCAAUCUUCUUCUAAUCGAUAUCCGCUCAUCGGCACCUUUAUUGCUAGAGCAGCUCAACAAGCCAGAGUAUCCAAGCAUGUCUCGCAGGCUCGCUUCUUCAUUCGACAUUAUAUGCAUCUUCAUCGGACAUUUGGUUCGCUCAUUGGAAGAUGAGUCACUCGAGACCCUAAUCAUGUCACCGGACAAUCUUCUCAAGCUCCGAAAGAGUAUAUCAGAAACCAUGUCUGUCACCAUCGAGUACCUUCGUGAUCGGUGGGACGCCACAUUUGCUGGGGCCAUGGGGCUUCAUCCAGAUGCUCGAACCGGGAAGGCGGAAACUUCGAUGGGAUCACGGCUUACUCUCACAUGGGACUCUCUAGAAAACAUCGCUGAUGAAGAUCCUUUCAUUCUCUCGGCUGUGAGGGCCCUCGCCAUAUGGCUUCGUGAGGACGAAAACGAUAUGUUGAGGAAGGAAGCCACUGGCUUGACAGACAUGUUUAUGGACCUCUACCGCGGCAGUUCAGCCGAGAAGCUCGACUUUCGAUCUCCCGUCCUCGUCGCCCUCGAAGGUCUAGUCACAUUCGACAAGGGCCGCAAUAUUCUUCUCCAACACGACGGUUGGAAAACGUUAAGCAAAGACCUUGUCGAAAUCCUCCAGCAGGAUGCCUCUGCCAUUAGCGAGGACGAGACAUCUCGCGGCAUCGAAAUCGUCCGUGUGUUGCUCCAAGUUGUGGAGCAAAGCAGCGAUACAGUCGAAGAAUGGAUGAGCCUCGUCACGGCGGUGGCGGCGUGGGAUGUCUUUCGGGAGCGACAUGCUCGUCCUCUGGUUUUGGAACUUCAAGUUGCGGGUUUGCAGCUUUGUUGUGCGUUGUUGAUAAAGGCGAGUCUUGGUAUGAGGAAGAGAUAUACGCAUUCUAUUAGUGCGCUUGUGGGUAUUGCGACGCAGCUGGAAGGAGGGAUUCCGAGGGGCAGCUUUUUAAGGGAGGCUAUUGACGAUGUAUUAGAGGUUCUAGGGGGGUUGUCACGUAGCAUAUGA